UAAUGUCUUUCACGCGGAAUGUCUAUAAGGCUGAUUGUUUACCACCAUACUAGACAAGUUCCACGGGGACGAUGCGGGGGCGUGGGGGUUCCCAUAACUAAAACUGGUAAAUAUUCGAGGGGAACCCUGGUGUGAGAACGAUAAAAAGCUAUAAGUAAUCGGCCUGUCACGCUCAACUUCGCUGGGGCGUUCGUGGUCGGCAACUGGCGCCCUGCAUCAUUCACCAUAAUGGAUCUCUUUUCGCUCACGGACAGAACCGCCCUUGUUACGGGUGGAACUCGAGGAAUUGGACAGCAGAUGGCUAUCGCUAUGGCUGAAGCUGGUGCGGAUAUCAUUCUGGUCCAGAGAAACACUAGCAAUCAAGACACGAGGCAGAAGAUCGAAGACCUAGGGCGCAAGGCAACGAUUUACACAGCCGACCUAUCUUCUCGGGAGUCUGUCUCUACAUUAGUGUCGAAUGUCUUGAAUGAUGGGCAUGAUAUCGACAUCCUUCUCAACUGCGCGGGGAUACAACGGCGACACCCGAGUCAUAUGUUUCCAGAUAAUGACUGGGACGAGGUCCUCCAAGUCAAUCUUUCUACCGUUUUCACGCUCUGCCGGGAUAUCGGCGCCUAUAUGCUCACCCGGACCCCGGAUUCCUCCGGUCACCGCGGGAAUAUCAUCAACGUCGCCUCUCUCGUUUCAUUCCAAGGUGGAUUGACCGUGCCGGCUUAUGCAGCUGCAAAAGGUGGCGUGGCACAAUUGACUAAGGCGUUAUCGAAUGAAUGGGCCGCCAAAGGAAUCAACGUGAACGCGAUCGCCCCCGGUUAUGUAGCUACGGACAUGAACACGGCGUUGUUGCAAGACCCGGAGCGGUCGGCAAGCAUCCUUGCGAGAAUCCCCGCGGGACGAUGGGCAACCGCGGAGGAUUUCAAGGGAGUGACGAUAUUCUUGGCAAGUCGAGCGAGUGGAUAUGUCUUUGGUGAGAUUUUGACGGUCGAUGGCGGGUGGAUGGGGAGAUGAUGAGGGUGUGUGUAUUGUAUGUACAUACAUUGGGGCUGACAAUACAUAGUGGAAUGUUAAUCGAAGAGGAAUUCCAGGUUGAAUUGUAAUGGUCUCAAUUUGGGAGAGUAAUUGGUUGAUCGGAGGUGUUUCGCUUCGAGCUAAUCCCCAACCAUUGUAUAAUGGUCAUCUAUAUAGCUUGUUGGUACCAUGGUAAUGUCAUCUCUUAGUGCUGAUUAGUCCGGUAUACUUCGCACGCCGAACUUUAGUCAAUGAAUCAUGAGGUACGAAGCUGGUACCGACUCUCGUCUAGAAAAACAUUGUAAUGACUGGUCACUAAAGAGUACCUAUUAGUUACUUGUAGUACGGAGUACUACAAGUACUAUAAAGGUACCUGCCCAGAAUUCCUCGUGCUUUCUUCAUGGAUUCGAUAUUGCGUGCUGCAUUUGAUCUGUAUGAUGACGUAUGAGUACGUACGAGGAUCGGCAAGUGAUGGAGGGAAAUUCAUGGAACCAUGCAUAGAAGAUAUCAUGCUGUUCUCAUAGCAGCAGACUGGUCCAAUCGGUCCCCCAUGAGGUUGAAGGAGAUCCUGAGGAAGAAAAAGGAUCCAAUGAAGGUGAUGAGAGUAAGACCAGGAAUGG